GAAACAUUCAAAAUGAAGUCGUCUAUGAUCUCUCCUUUGGCUCUUGCCGUUGGUGCAUUGGCCACUCCGUCUGCCAAGGUUGAUACGAGUCUGGAGAAGCGCAAUCCUACCGGGUCUUUCAGUCUGUAUGCCUGGGGCGUUGCUGCUCGGGGGUUGAAGUUCUUUUAUUCCGAUGGACUGGCAUAUGCCGGUGACUCAUCUCUCUGGCCUUAUGGAUCGGUCACUACCGACGUGACUUUCGAAAUCACUGACACCGAGUUGGUCACCACCGCUACUACUGACGGCGUCACCCUUGACUCGGACACUCUGUUCUAUAUCCGUCCGACAGCAGACGAGAUCCUGCCUGUUGGCUUCACCGGCAACGGCAUCGACACUCUUUCGGAUGCUGUCACGGACGGAUUCCUCUUUUAUGGCUCGUACCUCAUGUGGGAGGAGGAGUCAGGCGAGUUGGCGGAUUCUUUCCGUCUGAAGGCAACCAACGUCUCGGAUGUGUAUCAGGUUUACUGGGAUACGUCUAGUCUGGAUGAGGAUGGAUACUACUAUCCUACUGUUAAGGAUACGGCUCCUUCUGAUUAGUUGGCUCCGAUGGUGCGUUGGAUGAAUAUGCGAUGAUGGCAUGUGUCUGUCCAGAGUAAGAGUACCAGUUAGCUAGUGAAGAAUCUAU